AUGCAUGCAAGGUGGUUGAGUAAGGUUUUCUUGAACAAAAUUGCUGAGAACCCAAAGAUUAAGUUAACCACACUAAUGAGAAAAGCAUACACAAAAUGGAAUGUGGAGUUGACCAAAUCUAAGGCCUCCAGAGUUAGACAGUUUGCUCUGGAUGAGUUGCAGGGGACAUAUGUGGAGCAGUACAGAAGAUUGUAUGACUACUGUCAUGAGUUGCUGAGGACCAACCCUGGGUCAUCAGUGCAUCUGAAGGUUCAGAGGCCUCCUGAAUUUGCUUCUGAAAGACCAGUGUCAGGGGUAGAUUUAAGGCCCAGGUUUGAGAGGAUAUAUGUGAUGUUGGAUGCUUGUAGGAGGAGUUUUAUGGCUUGUAGGCCAAUAAUUGGGUUGGACGGCUAUUUUCUGAAAACACCUUAUGGAGGUUGGUUACUGACUGCUAUGGGUUGGGAUCCAAACGAUCAAAUCCUGCCAAUAGCAUAUGCAGUUGUGGAAGCUGAAACAAAGGACUUGUGGACAUGGUUCCUCCAGCACCUGUGUGAUGACCUAGGAGCAGACAAAAUCAGGACCUGCACCUUCAUGUCUGACCAACAGAAGGGGUUGGUGCCAACUUUUGAGGAGCUUCUGCCUGGAGUUGACCACAGAUUUUGUGUCAGACACCUGUAUGCAAAUUUCAAGAAGAGAUAUACAGGACUCCAGUUGAAGCUAAUGAUGUGGAAUGCUGCCAAGGCAACUUAUCUUCAAGAAUGGGAAAGGAGGAUGAGUGAGAUACAGAAGGUGGAUCAGGGAGCAUACAACUAUCUUAUGGAGAUUCCAACAAAAUACUGGUGUCGUCACAGGUUUGAGUGUAAACCUAGGUGUGACACUUUAGUUAACAAUAUGUGUGAAGUUUUUAAUUCUGUUAUGGUUGAGGCUAGGGAGAAGCCAAUAGUGACUAUGCUAGAGGAUAUCCGGGUUUACAUUAUGAAACGUUGUGCUGACAACAGGGACAGAAUAGUGCCUUAUAAUAGAGAUGUGUUGCCCAGAAUUAGGAUUAAGGUAGAAAAACAAGCCGAACUAAGUGGUCAAUGGGUGAGUGUGUAUGCUGGACGUGAUAGAUAUGAGGUGGUUAGCAUUCAGGGGGGUAAGGAAAAAUUUGUGGUUGAUCUUAGGCAUCAUGAAUGCUCAUGUAGGAAGUUUCAACUGUCCGGAAUUCCUUGUGCACAUGCCAUGACAUGCAUAAGAAAAAUGUGCUUCAAUGUGGAUUCAUAUGUUGCUGACUACUACAAAAAGGCUGCAUACAUCUCUUGCUACCAGCAUGUUGUCUACCCAGUCAAUGGGCCAAACCUUUGGGACAGAACUCAGUUCGAGGAUGUGUUGCCUCCAACUUAUAGAAAACCUAUUGGGAGGCCAAAGAAGAAGAGGGCAAGAGGUGCUGAUGAGCAGGCUACUAGGACUGGACUGUCUCGUGAAGGGCAACAGCAAAAGUGCUCUUACUGUUUGUGCUCUGGCCAUAACAAAAGAAGUUGUCCAAAGAAGCGCAAAGUCACACCAAAUCCAACUGUUAACAAUGUUGCUACUUCUACUUCAAAGGGUAGAAAAAGGCAAGGAGUCAGAAAAAGUUCCAGAUUAUCUGCCAAGACAGAUUCUGGUAAGGCUGCUGAUAGUGGAAGUAGGAAGCAAAGGGGCAGCAACAACAAACCACCCUCACACCCAAAGAGGAAGCCACCUGUGAGCUCCCAACAAUCACAAGCUGCUUCAAAAAGGGCCAAAGUGAAUCAUUCACAGACUGCUUCUGCACCAGCCCCAACAACUACAAGGGUACUGCCAAGCCCAGUGAAGAGGGUCACCCAGUCUCAGCUCAGGUUCAUGGCUAGGACACCACCAAGAGCAUGGAAGAAAGUGGAAUGACUUUGUUUCACUUGUUACAACUUUUGUGUUUUGCCUUUUGUA